AAGUUCUAUUUUCUAUUCUAUCACAGAAUUUAUAAUCAUAUUCUGUGGCUCUAUGAGUUAUGACUAAAAAAAAAUAGUUUUCCAAAAUUAUGAAUUCAGAAAUUGGCAUAUAAAAAGUAAAAUUCAAUGGGACUUCGUUUUAGUGUCUUUAUAUGUUAAUUCUAUUCAUUCGGGAAAGUGUGAACGUUCCGUUUUUUAAAAACAGCUUUUCUCUCUCUAUCUAAUACGUACAAGAUUGCAGAAAAAUUGUGGACUGUCAAUCUUUAGGAAUUUUUGUUGCGUAUUUAAAAUCCGUCAAUUUUAAUCAAAUUGCCGUUCGUAUUAAUCAGUUUAAGUAAUUUAAUUCAUAAUGCCUAGAGGAAAAUUUACAAAUCACAAAGGUCGCAACCGCAGAUUUACGAACCCAGAAGAACUGGAAGAAGAACGAAGGAGAGAAGAGCAAAAAAAGAAGUGGAGACAACAGCAGGGGGUUAGCAGCAGUGAGGAAUCUGAUGAUGAGGCUACCGGUGAUAAGAAAAUUAGUGAAGAAUCUGGCAGUGAAUCAGAGGAGGAAAGUAGCGAAGAAGAUAAGAAAGCAAAAGGUGUUUCUAAUCUAAUAGAAAUAGAGAAUCCAAAUAGGGUACAAAAGAAAGUAAAGAAACUCUCUACUCUGAACACAACAGAUCUAGAGAGCAAGCCACAGCUAUCCAGGCGAGAGAGGGAAGAAAUAGAGAGGCAACGGGCACAGGCCCAUUACCAGAAGCUGCAUGCGGAGGGCAAGACGGACCAGGCAAGGGCGGAUCUUGCGCGGCUGGCGAUCAUCAAACAACAGAGAGAGGAAGCUAAGAAGAGAAGAGAAGCCGAACAGAAAGGUAAGUGAAGA